GUCAGAUAAUGGAGGAAACAAGAAGUACGAGGAUACGUUAGAGGGGCUGAACAAGGUCAAAGCUAUGGGAGAUCCUUUUGGUGACGAGUAUAAGAAUCAGAUGGAGUCUGUACGCGCGGAUCAGCUUAUUCUUUUAGGGAAGUUCCAUGAGCUUGCGGUGAAGCUUGAUAGUAAAAAGAAGAUAUUCAAGAAAAAGAGGAGAUGGGUGACUAUUCUUUACGCUACCGCGGCUAUGUCUUUUUUGGCCGCAGAGAUUUGUAUAUGCAUAGUCAUACCUCCGUUGGGGUUGUAUACUGCGGUUGCGGCUGCCACUGGGGUGAACUACGUGAUUGGAACUGUAGGAGUAUUGGUCAAUGUGGUGUUGAAGAACCGUGAGAAGGAUUUGGAUAGACAGAAAGAGGUGGUCGAUAUAAUGAAGGACAGCACGGAUGUCAACAUCCAAAUGACAAAUACGGUACAUAGCCUAGUCGAGAAGCUUACUGUGAGUCUCUCAUCGAUUUUGUUUUCAGUGGAGCAUGCUGUGGUUGAAAGAGAAGAGGUGGCCGUAAAAAAUUUGAUGGAAGCAAUCCGUGACGAAGUGGAUACGUUUGCUACGGCUGUCAAGGAAGUUG